AUGGCUUCUACCAUGCGGAUCUUGCUGAUUGGUAAUGGCGGUCGCGAACAUGCGCUCGCCUGGAAGUUGAGCCAGUCCCCCACCGUUGAGGCCAUCUUUGCGGUUCCGGGCAAUGGUGGCACUGCGACCUGUCCCAAGACCACCAAUGUCUCCUCCGUUGCUGCGGACGAUUACCCGGCGCUCGUUGCAUUCGCCAAGUCCAAUGCAAUCACAUUGGUUGUUCCUGGCCCGGAGGCGCCUCUCGUCGAUGGCGUCGAGGGGUACUUCCGCGACGCUGCGAUUCCCUGCUUCGGUCCCUCCAAAGAGGCCGCUCGCAUGGAGGGCAGCAAGACCUUCUCCAAGGACUUUAUGAAGAAGCACGGGAUUCCCACCGCCGCUUACGAGAACUUUUCCGACUUCGACCAGGCACUCGCAUACCUCGAUCGCAUAUCGCAUAAUGUCGUCAUCAAGGCCACCGGACUCGCCGCCGGCAAGGGCGUCAUUAUCCCGGCUACCAAAGACGAGGCGAAGGCUGCUCUGAAGCAGAUCAUGGUCGACAAGGCUUUUGGAGAUGCGGACAGGAGGUUGUCAUCGAAGAUUUCUGACCGGCGACGAGCUCAGCAUUCUCACUUUCAGCGACGGUACCCACACCAUCUCGCUGCCUCCGGCGCAAGACCACAAGCGGAUCGGAGAUGGAGACCAGGGCCCGAACACCGGCGGGGCGUCCUGUUCACUGGGCUCAUGAUCGGCCCUGACGGACCCAAGACUCUUGAAUACAAUGUCCGCUUCGGCGACCCAGAGACGCAAACUGUCCUGCCGCUUCUGUCUGCCGAUACCGAUCUUGCCGAAAUCAUGCUCGCAUGCACGGCGCACGAAGCUCGCCUAGAUUGCGUCAAGGUGAAGAUCGAGCCAAAAUUCAGCGCUACCGUCGUUGUCGCUGCUGGAGGUUAUCCCGACGCCUACGCCAAGGGCACGCCGAUGAAUGUGCAGGCGUCAAGCUCGCCUGACAUCACCGUCUUCCACGCCGGAACAAUACUCACGGCGGAAGGACAGCUCCAGACUGCGGGCGGUCGGGUUAUUGCCGUCAACGCGACGGCUGCCGAGUCCCUAGAGGCAGCGGUCAACAAGGCAUACCAGGAGGAUAUCAAGCUGAUCCAGUUUGACAAGAUGUACUACCGCAAGGACAUCGCUCACCGUGCCUUCCGAAACAAGACCGGGGCUAAGGAGGCGCUCACAUACGCCGCCGCCGGCGUGAGCGUCGACGCCGGCAAUGAUUUUGUGGAGCGUAUUAAGAAGGCUGUGAGGGCCACAAGACAGCCUGGUGCAGAUGCUGAGAUUGGAGGCUUUGGAGGUGAGGUAGAUUUGGCCAAGUGUGGCAUUCAGAUGGAAGAUGGUCAGCUUCCCAUUGUUGUUGGUGCCAUUGACGGCGUGGGUACCAAGCUGCUCAUUGCGCAGAAGAUGGGCAAACAUGACACGGUGGGCAUCGACUUGGUCGCCAUGAAUGUGAACGACCUGGUGGUUCAGGGUGCGCGACCUCUCAUGUUCCUUGACUACUAUGGUUGCAGCAAGCUGGACCUCAGCACGGCGGCAUCCUUCGUUGAGGGUGUGGCGGCGGGCUGCAUCGAUGCUGGCUGCACGCUGGUCGGCGGAGAGACUGCUGAGAUGCCAGGCAUGUACCAGAAAGAUGACUACGAUGCGGCGGGCUGCGCCGUUGGCGUCAUGACUGGCCGCCACCGACUUCCGCGUACUCAGGACAUGGCACAGGGAGAUGUUCUUCUGGGACUUGCUUCAAGUGGUGUGCACUCGAAUGGGUUCUCACUCGUUCGCAAAAUUGUGGAACGCGAAGGACUGCAAUAUUCCGACCAGGCGCCUUGGGACCAAGGUCGGAGCGUGGGCGAGAAUCUGCUGACACCAACACGAAUCUAUGUGAAGAGCUUGCGCGGAGUUGUCGAAAAGGGCCUUGUCAAGGGACUCGCACACAUCACCGGUGGAGGUCUGAUCGACAACGUGCCUCGCAUGCUGCCAGACGAACUCGCUGCCGAGAUAGACUUGACGUCAUGGCAAGUGCCGGCCGUCUUCAAGUGGCUCAAGAUCAGCGGUAAUGUUGAGGCGCUUCAAAUGUGCCGUACAUUCAACAUGGGCAUCGGUAUGGUGGUGGCUGUCGGCGUGGACCAAAUACAGGAUACUGUAGCAGCGUUGGAGGCUGCGGGUGAACAGGUCUCCCGAAUUGGGCGGCUUGUGAAGCGAGACGGUGAGGCUUGCGUCAUGACAAACCUGAACUCUGUGGUGUGGGAAUCAUGA